CCACGAGGCUUAAGUUUCCCCCGUUUAAAACCCCAUUGUAGCGCUUCGCUGUGCUUUCUACACCACUCCUCCAAGCCUCCUUACGCCGCACGCCACCGCAACAAUUAUUUUGGUGAUAUGAGACUUGUCCGGAGUAUGUUCUGGUCUCCCAACGUCCGCCUUUAUCGUCAAUUUCGACGGCAUAUUGCAAAUCCCCGUCAAGUGUACGUUGAGAAAUCCAGUAUCAGACACAAAUCUAUUAUAAAGUCACGUGGAAGGUCAUUUUCUGUUUCCGUUCCUUCUGAAACGCCCAAAGUCCAAAAAUCUCAGAAAAAGGUCUCGAAGGAUGAACGCAAAGCCAUGGUGGAAACUUUUGUUAACAAGUAUAAAGCCAUGAAUGCAGGGAAGUUCCCAACUGCCUCCAAGGCUAGGAAAGAGACUGGUGGCUCUUACUAUGUUAUCAGGCAGAUCCUUCAGGAGCUGGAAUACAACUCUAAAAUGUCAUCCAUGUGCACAAAGGAUUCAAGUUCAGUGGAAAACUAUAGUAUGAAGAAGAAUGCAAUGUCCACUGAAGAGUUGUCAGGCUGUUCUGUUACUUCUCAAGAUGCUCAAAAGACAAAUGAAAUUCUAGUGGGAGAAGAAUUCAUCAAUCGCAGCGAGUCUUCAACUGAUGCUGCAGAAGUUUCAGGCAAUUUAUCUACAUUCGAUGCAGAUAUUAGUGAAGAUGGUCAAAUCCGUAACGAUAUUUCGAUGGAGAACCAAAAUUCUAACUACAUUGCUACUAAACCUCAUCGAGGAGUAGGAGAAGCUGAAGAAAGUUUGCAUUCACAUUCUGAUAAACCUGAGGAUAAUGUGAAAGAGGAUACAGGGUCUGAAGAUAGGCUAAAAUUUGAUGGUUUGAAGCCCGAAGCUAAGCAACGGAAGUCAUCAAGGGAGUUGUACAAAGAGCCAAGUGAAGAUGCUGAAUCUCAAGGGAAAUCAUCAGUUUGGGAAAACUUGAAGUCUCUUGCAAAUGGAUUUCUGGGUAUAUGGAAGAAACAUUUAUAAUUUUUUUCUGGAGUAUCAUUGGAAAUUUAAAGUUGUGUUCUAUCACUGAAAAUUUAUCAAAACUGCCAACUGGCUUUUCAUGCUCAACACUUGCCCCCAGUAAUUAUAACAUUCCCAUGUCCGUCGUGAGGCUACCAACACUGAAGAAAGAAGAAGAAACUGGGCAAGUUCACUAUCUAAAUUGUCCACUCCAGGACGAUUGGGUGUAAAGCGACUGUAGGCCUUAAAUUCUAUGUAAAUGACGAUUGAUCAGGCCACUGUUGGAGGAUUUUGAGAAAAUAUGUGACUUAGGUUUAUGCGGAGAAUGGUAGAUGUACCCUUUUUUUUCUCUGAUAACUCGGCGUCCAAGUUUCGCUUGACUAAUCCGAAUGGUAGAUGUAUUUGUUAGCACUGGAGAUUGUACAGGAAACAUCCCCAACAUCUUAUUUCCUGAUUGAAUUACACUGGUUUGUUACCAUUUA